GUACACUCCCUCGCUAGGCCCCUUCGUCGUCUUUGACCAGUGUGUUGAGGUUUGCUGUGUCUGAACAGCAACAGGGAGAAAACAGUGAAUGUACAGACUGAGGCUAAUGUAACAAUGGGGGAAGAAACAAAAAAGGAUCUUCUAGUUAUAGCAGUGACUGCACAUGAUCCCAACCAGGAAGAUGACCUCAAGGCACAAGAGGCAAUGGACACUGCUCCUGAUGUCUCAGUACAGCUGUCCAUCAUGCGAAAGGAGAAGUUUGAAGUUCUUGGAAGGAAUGUGGGCUGGUGGCUGUAUGUGAAACGUGUUGACAAAGAGGAGAAAGGUUACAUUCCCAGCACAUGUGUUGUACCACUGAAGGAUGAUUUAACCCAUGAAGAGGAAGAAGAGCUCAGCCACAAUGUCGAGCUAACUGCAGACCUAAUCAAUCCAGAGGUUGAUUUGAAGUUCUUUCCAGCUACUCCUGUUGACAAAGAUGUUACAAAUAGGGGUGUUUGUCCAGAACAAAAUGCAAACGUCUUUUCAAAAUUGACAUUUUGGUGGCUCAAUGGGUUGAUCUAUACAGGGUUUAAGAGGCCUCUGGUUGAUGAGGAUUUGUGGGCAUUGGGAAAAGAUAACAAGUCUGUAAACAUUGUGCCUAAGUUUAUGGAGAAGUGGGCCAAGGAAGAAAAACGAUGUGCAAUUGGGAAGAGAUGUCCAUUAGAAGAUCAGCAAGAGCAAGAGCAAGAGAGGGAUAAAUUGACAGAAGAAAAUGAUGAAACUAAAGUUGAAUUUGUUCCGAAGAAUGAUGAGAAGCAGUCAAAGGAUAAGAAAACGGACAAAAAGAGACCUUCAUUAGUCAGAGCCAUGGUUUAUCAGUUUGGACCUCAGUUUUUUAUCGGAAUGAUUCUCAAACUUAUCUACGAUGUUAUUCAGUUUGUCCAACCGCAGCUUGUAAACUUGUUAGUCUCUUAUGUGGCAGACAAAACCAUUCCUAGCGAUGAAAAAUGGAAGGGUUACGUGUAUGCCUUGUCCAUGUUCCUUGUGUCAGUUGUAAUGUCACUUAUCAUCCAUCAGUAUUGGCAAAUUGUUUUUGCCCUCGGCAUGAGGAUACGAACUGCAAUCAUAGGAAUGGUGUACGCAAAGGCACUAGCACUGAACAGUAAGGCACGAAUGGAGUCUACAGCUGGUGAAAUGGUAAAUCUCAUGUCGGUUGAUGCCCAGCGGUUGAUGGACCUGGUAACUUAUUUGAAUGUUCUGUGGUCAUCGCCCCUUGUGAUUGUAAUAUCGAUGUAUUUUCUGUUUGACGUGAUGGGUCCGUCCACGCUGGCUGGUGUAGGAGUGUUGAUUCUCUUGGUACCGUUUAAUCUCAUUGUGACCAAGUUCGCGCGAAAACUGCAGGUGAAGCAGAUGGAAGCGAAAGACUCGCGUAUAAAGAUCAUUAAUGAAAUCAUCGCUGGGAUUAAGGUUCUAAAGUUGUAUGCAUGGGAAAAAUCGUUCAUGAGCAAAGUUUUCAACAUUCGUAAAAAGGAGUUGAAACAACUAAAGAAUGCUGCUUAUUUGAACGCAUCGUUUGCCUUUACCUUCACAUGUGCUCCAUUUAUGGUUGCCCUUGCGACAUUCGCCAUCUAUGUCCUAACGGGAAAUGAGUUGACAGCUAACAAGGCAUUUGUUGCUCUGUCAUUGUUUAACAUCCUAAGAUAUCCCAUUACAAUGUUCCCGAAUGUCAUUAUCAGCACGAUACAAGUUGGAACGUAUUCAGAACUUCUUGCGAACGAGGGAGCCUUUUCUGAGUUUCUGAACACAUUUGCUGCUGAACAGAAUGUGGAGGAGGAUGAGACACAACACAGGAUAGAACCUACGAUAAAAGAAGUUGCAGAAGACACAGAUGGAAUAGAUGUCAGGUUUCAACGCUCAGGCAGUCAUUUGGAGAGGCAGGAUAGUCGCUUGGAGCGAAUGGACAGUCAGAUGGAAGCCCCAGUUUUCCGAAGGAACCGAGCAGAUAGCUUGUCUGUGGUAACCGUUGACACGGCCGAUUUGGAUUGUACGUUCACUAGACCCGAUGAAGAGAGAGAAGACAAGAUUAUCGAAGAAGAAAAAUCCGAAACUGGACGGGUCAAAUUUGCAGUGUUCUGGACCUACGCAAAAUCAGUCAAAGUCUACUUGGCAGUCAGCAUACUGUUCUUCGUAUUCCUUGCAGAAGCUGCCUCAGUUUCUUCUGGAAUUUGGCUGGCCCGCUGGAGUUCAACCAACGUCACUUCAGACAAAGAGCGUGACAUGUACCUAGGAGUUUAUGGCGGUCUUGGCUUUUUGCAAGCUACUAGCACACUCGUUUCAUCCCUAGCCUUGGCUGUUGGAUCGAAAAUUGCGUCACGCUAUCUGCAUCAGACUCUUCUUGAGAAUGUCUUACACUCCCCCAUGUCGUUUUUUGAGACCACUCCCCUGGGGAGGAUCGUGAACCGCUUCUCCAAGGAUAUCAGCACAAUCGAUGACAAGGUUCCCAUGACUCUGAUUAUGUUCUUGCGAACGUUCUGUGGUGUUCUGGGAACCAUUGUUGCCAUUAGCUUUGCGACUCCAAUAUUUCUGGUUGUAAUUCUGCCCCUUGGGUAUAAAUCUGAGUGGAGGACAAAAACAACGUAUCAGUCUUGCACGUUCUGUGCUGACUGGAUUAUCCCAGACAACCGGCCCCCAGAUGACUGGCCUGAUGCUGGAAACAUUGUCGUUGAGGACUUUGACUUGAAAUACAGAGAAGGAUUACCUCUGGUAUUAAAACAGAUCAACUGCGAUAUUAAACCAGGAGAAAAGAUUGGUAUCGUGGGUCGCACGGGAGCUGGCAAGUCAACUCUUACCUUAGCACUGUUUCGUAUUCUGGAGAGAGCUGGUGGACGGAUUCUUAUUGAUGGAAUUGAUAUCUCCAAGAUUGGACUGCAGGAUUUGCGGUCACGACUCACCAUCAUCCCCCAAGAUCCCGUGUUGUUUUCCGGGACUCUUCGUCUAAACCUGGAUCCAUUUGACAGCCACACGGACGAAGAAUUGUGGAAAAUCCUCGAAUUGAGCCAUUUGAAGAACUUCGUCUCGGGCUUGGAAGAAGGGCUUCUCUAUCCUGUCAGUGAGGAAGGAAGUAACCUAAGUGUUGGUCAACGGCAGUUGGUGUGUUUAGCACGUGCCCUGCUUCGUAAAAGCAAAGUUCUGGUCUUGGACGAAGCCACGGCUGCAGUGGACUUGGAAACUGAUGACCUCAUUCAGCAAACGAUUAGGCGUGAGUUCGCUGACCGUACAGUGUUCACCAUUGCUCACAGGCUCAACACCAUUAUGGAUUAUACCAGGUUUGUAAUACUCAUGAGGUAA